CAAAAGGUUUUGAUCGGGGACACUUUAAGGAAAAGCAGAAUUUCUCUCAAUGGAAACACUCCAGAAAUUUUCAGCUCUCGUGUUGAUGCAGCAAAGCAACUUGGCAGACUUCGAUGCUAUGCUGAUGAAAAGCGAAGGCUACUGUCCAUCGUUGCCAUGGACUACCCAUAUUCUGUUCUUCAGAAGUAUUUUCAGUGCUCCUCUAAAACCGUAACAGCUGCAAAGGUACACUGCAUACUGUUUGGCCAUGGAGGUGUGCCUGUGGAGAAAUUCAAGUUUACCUGUCAGUGUGUGAGUCCUCAAGUGCUGGAAGAACUGAUUGAGUUUCUACACAGGGAUGAUGUCUCUAGAGCUUCUUCGUGUAGAAGUGUACUGGUUGAUGGAGAGGAGACGGCUGUCAGGUACUGGCAAGACACUGUUAAAGGCCUGAUUAACCAGUACUUACUGGAGUUUCCAAAUGGAGUAAAGCGUACAUAUAUUUAUACACAUUUGCCAACCAAUUUCCGCAUGAACACCAUGCUUGCAGGUUUGUGCAACAUCUGCGAUGACUUUGGUCACUCUAAUUUUGAUGAAUUGUGUACAUUUAUCGAGGAACUCUGUUCACACAGCCCUGGCCUCAAUGGAUCUGCCCUUGUCAAGGAUGUUAGGCGCUAUCAGACUUUUGUGAAAACAAUUCUCAAAACUUUCACAGCGUCAUUCCUCAUGUUUAGAGUUAUGUCAAAGUCAUGCAUUUUCGUCUUGUCCCGAGGAGCACCAAGCGAUAUGUACUGACAUUUCACCUAUUUAUAAUGUUUACAGCUCUGUUUUGGAGUCAGUUGAUGGUAUCUCAGAUCAAUCUGUGAAAUCUGACUUGACAGCACGCUUGCAAGAAUUGUUCAAGGUGCAUACUGACUACCUUGGACAUCUACUUUGCACCAAACAUCAAGGGGACUAUUAUAAGUUUAUUCUGAAGAACUUGAAACCUGGAGAGUGUGUAAUGGUUAUUGAUUAUAAGGUGAAGCUAGAGCUGGGCAAACGAGUAAGAGAAAUCCAGAGACACUGGUACAGCAAACAGGGAAUCUCUCUACAUGGUUGCUAUGUGGUUGCCCAGGUGGAUGAGAAGCAACACAGUAGUGAGGUGUUUGACCUGUGGUCGGAGGACACGAAGCAGGACGCUUUCUUUACUCAGAGCGCACUGGAUGUCUGCUUUUCCUGGCUGGAAAGGGUCUUUCCUGGAUACUCUGUAUACCUCUUUUCUGGUAUGUGUAUGUUUUAAGUUUAUUAUUUUACAAUUUAUAGUAAAUACCAAACCUGCACUUGUUCACAUACAUGUAUGUCUGUACACGGAUGGUCAAUAACAACAAAACUGUAAGAUACCUUUCAUAUCCAGAUUUUACCAACUGUAUUUUUAGGUUUGUUUAUGUAACAACUACAUACAAGUCAAAAUUUUUACUUAUAUGUAGUACUGCAAAUUUGUUCUGAACUUUCCUGAAAUUGUUUCAUUUGUGGUAAACUUACAAUUGGAUAAGGUUUUAUCCCUUGUUUUACCCCUUUACUUAUCCUGCAGUUAGGGUACAUGUAUCCCUUGUUGGUGUUGAUCUAGUUUUGUUUAUCAGCAGCCAAAUAAAAAAUCUUUGAGUAAAAAGCUCUGUUUACCAUUCUUUAUAUUAAUUUUCAGUUCUUUACUGCUUGGCUCUAAAAAACUCAAUAAUAAUUUGCAUAUAGAUUCUGAAAAUGUUGAGCUGUGUUUCUUUUUUGGCAGAUAUUUAUUUUAUUAAUUUGGACCUUGGAUAAUUUUGUAUUCCUUUUUUUCUACAGACAAUGGUCCUCAUUACCAUAACACUGCAGUGCUGUGCUAUCUUUCUGAAGUAAACGAGAUGUUUAAUGUGUGA